AUGAGCUCCGAGACGCCGAAGAAACCUAUGUCGAAACUCCAGCGACGCAUCCAGGCCGGACUGGCAGGUGCUAGUUCCUCAUCUGCCUCGAUUCAAGCAAAACCAAGCACAACCGAAGCUGGACCGAUGGAAAUCGUCGAAACCAAUUAUCUCCCUGGGGUCGAUUCAUCAGCAUCAUCAUCAUCUUUGACUCGAGAUUUUUCAUUCUUACCGACCCCCUCGAGUCUCUAUGCACCGCCUUCCAACUUGGCCAAUGCGCUCCCCCGUCCAGAUCGUCGAGCGAACAAGAAUCAUUUUUUCUCUUUGCCUAAGGAGCUCUUUCUGCAACCUUGUGAACCCAACGCUUUUCAAGGCCCUAGCCCAGAUGACGAAGUUUUGAUCGCUCGUCAGGGAACCUCGCUCGGUGGCGCCAUUCGAAGAUCGUAAUUUGAGACUCAGAACUACAUCCACCACGUUCCAGUGGGUUUCAUGAUGAUGUGUCCUCAUCAAA